AUGUACAAGUAUCCCAUAUUAGAGCAUAAUAAAAAAAGAGGUUUAAGGUUCCAAGCAAAAUGGUUUGAUGAAUUUCCUUGGCUUGUGUACUCAGAAAUUAAAAGUGGCGCAUUUUGUCAAAAAUGUGUUAUAUUUUCAAAAACUGGUGGUGCUUUAAAACAACCCCUUGGCCAGCUUGUAUUGCGAGAAUUUAAUAAUUGGAAAAAGCUAGAGGUGUUUCAAGAUCAUUGUAAAUUAACUUAUUAUAUAAAUGCUACAUUAGAUGCAGAACAUUUUCUAAACAUAUUAGAGAAAAGAGAGAAAAGCAUAAUUGAACAAAUAGACAAUUAUAGGAGACUUCAAAUAAAAGAAAACAGAAGACAUUUAAUUCCUAUAGUUGAAUGUAUCAUAAUGUGUAGUAGACAAGAAUUAACAUUACGUGGUCACAGGGGAGAAACAAAUAAAACAUUGAGUGUGAAUGAUGUUAAUGAAAGUAAGUGCUUUUCAAUUUUAGCCGACGAGACUACAGAUAUUUCUUCAUCAGAACAGUUGACCUUAUGUUUGCGAUAUAUUGAUGAAGAUGGUAAUUUAAAUGAAGAUUUUCUUAAGUUUAUUGAAGUAGAAAACUUAACUGGUACCUAG